AUGCUCUUUUGGUAUCACAUCAUUUCCGAGACAUCACUCUCCCCAGAAGGAGGUGGGCGAGAAAGCGCUGGCGAUAGUAGCAAUGCUGAUGCCCCGACGGACAGGCCUCCCAAGGUCGGAGAGUUUGAUGUCCUCCCGACCAAAGUACAGGUCGGAUUGUUGGAUAUAGACCCAGAAGACCAGGCGAUUAUGCGUCGUGCCGUUCUCCUUCGUGAGUUACGGGCUAUGGAACAGGCAAUAGCCGAAUUUUCGUACGAAAUCGAGCCGGCUGAGAGUGUGGAACCGAAUUACAUAGCACAGCGCGCAAAGAAGUGGUCAUUGGCUAGCAUCUCUUUCAUUAAAGAAGAGUUGGAUACUGUUAUUCAAAAAGUAGAGCAACCUUGA